AUGGCACCAACACGUCGAGUUGCAGUAAUCCAGUGGCACAUCAAGGAGCUCGCGAUUGAAGAGAACCACAGCACAGCAUGCGAUUACAUUCGAAAUGCAGCAUCCCAGGGGGCUGAACUGGCUGUCUUACCCGAGUACCACCUAAGCGGUUGGGUGCCGACAGAUCCCCGCUGGGCAGAACAAGCAGGCCAAUCUGCGAAAUACCUUUCAAACUAUCAAUCCCUCGCAAAGGAGCUGAACAUCUGUCUGGUUCCAGGGACCAUUAUCGAAAAGCAUGAAGGACCAAAUGGGUCAACUCUGUAUUAUAAUACGGCAUACUUUAUUUCCAACGAUGGUAGCAUCCUCGGCAGAUACCGCAAGAAGAACAUUUGGCAUCCCGAGCGACCACAUCUCACCUCUUCGGGGCUGGAGAGCCACGCAGCUAUUGAUACGCCGAUAGGUCGGGUCGGCAUGCUUAUCUGCUGGGACCUAGCAUUCCCGGAAGCUUUCCGGGAAUUAAUUGCGGAUGGGGCGGAAAUAGUCAUCAUCCCUACAUUCUGGACACCACGUGAUGCAUCUCCUGAAGCAUUGAAGCAAAACCCUGACUCGGAGGCUCUGUUUCUCUCUUCAACUUUGACUGCUCGUUGUUAUGAGAACACCUGCGGCAUUAUUUUUGUGAAUGCGGCUGGUCCGGCUGCUGAUUUCCUGGGCAUGUCACAGGUUACCCUGCCGCUUGUGGGACCGGUAGCUAAGAUGGGUAGUGAGGAAGGCUUACUCGUCGCUGAUAUGGAUUUGGGAGUGUUGGAUAUUGCGGAGAAAAACUAUAAGGUUCGAGAGGAUAUUCGGAAAGAGGGCUGGCACUAUGUCUACCGUCAUACGUCGAGCGAAUGA